UCAAGACUAAAAGGCAUUUCCUAGUGACUUGUGUAUUUGUGUAUAAUAAUGGAACUUUUAAAGAGUUUAUUUCUUCUUUCGCUUAUUACUUUUGUCUCUAGCGAUGAAGUACAUUCUGAUGGGGAUGCUUUUAAAAGUAUUUUAACGAAAUUGUCACCGAAUUCGACCGCGACGUCACUACGCCUACAAGACGUGAAGUCAAUUUUAUCGAAGCUUGGAAUACAUCGUUGUUCAAAUGCCACCGAACACAAGUGUGUCACAUCUGAAACAUUGUUCAAGAUUUUCAAUAUUUCAACAUCAUCAUCAGUGAACGAAACGGAGUUUUCAAAGUUUGCGCAAAUAAUGAUUUACGCACUACUACCAAAUGAGGAGCAUUCGGAUGAACAUGAUGAUGAUCACGAUCACGAUGAUCACGAUGAUGGUGAUAAACAUGGUGAGAACGAUGAAGACCAUCAUGACGAUGAUGACGAUGAUGACGAUAGAGAAAUCAUCAAAAAUAUUGAUGUUGAUAAAGAACUUAUGGAAAGAUAUGGAACACAAAAUUUUUGUGAACAAAUUGUUGACCAGUUGUUAAAAGAUGUCAAUAAAACAAUAGGAAAACAACUAUCGCGUGAGAAAGAGUGUUUCUCUAGUGAUGAUAUUUUCCAUCAACUAAAUAUUUCGAGCGAUGACGAUGACAGCAAAUCUCAUCUGCCAGAGAUAAGUGUGAUCAUCAUAUCAAGAUUAUUAUCAAGGACAAUGCAUCGAUGUUAGAUACCAAUCCCCUCUACCUUGCUCCUCGUAUUUUGUCAACCAAUUGUUUCAGGAGUACGCAGAUCUAGAAAAUAACGCCAUUAGUGAAAAGAAAUUUAAAGAAUUACUAAAGAAGUUAAAAAUCGGAGGACCCGACGAGGAAUCACAUGACGAUCAUGACGAUCAUGACCAUGAUGACCAUCAUGACAAGCAUGGUCGUCGUCGUCGUCGAUCCAUAAACGAUCUUAGCUAUCCCAUUAGGUCGCAGAUUAGCGGGAAUUCAGCCAUUCGUAAGGGACGAUAUCGGAGAGAAACCGCUCAUAAUGACACCGCUGUUAAUGAUGGAAGCAAGAAACCGAAAAUGUAUCAAAAGUGUUUUACCGUUGACGAGUUUUUUUAUAUUUACCAAAUAAAGAAUAAAACUGAGGGUUUUGAUAAGACGAAAUUUCAAAGCGUUAGUUCAGCUCUACUUCAGCAAAUAGAAAGCGACGUUUGUAUUAAAGCUGGUCAUCCUCACGAUGAGAAAGAUGUUGCAGACAAACAUAAAUGGGGCUAUGGCAUGCUGGCUGUUGCCAUUAUCAGCUUCUGCUCGAUUUUAGGAGUUGCAAUUAUUCCGUUCAUGGAAAAGAUAUUUUAUCAAAAAGCAGUUAUGUUCCUUAUUUCAUUGGCAGUCGGUACAUUGGUUGGUGAUGCACUGCUACAUCUUUUCCCGCACGCACUUGGUUUUCAUGCUAAUCAUGAUCAUAGUCAUGGUUCUGAGUCAACGGGUGAGAGUGAAGACAGAGACUAUUUAUGGAAAUUUCUUGUCGCAACUGCCGCUAUUUAUGUGUUUUUCAUCUUUGAAACUAUAACACACCUGUUUCUACGCAAGUCAAUUGGUCAAUCACAUUCCAUGGAGCAUACUCGACGACACAAACAAAUUAAUUCACAUGAUCAUGAUCACAAUGUAACAGAGGUAGCUGCAGUGGAAUCUGGUUACAGCCAUAAGAACCCGGGUGUCGCAUCAAUGAAUAUGGGUUACGUGAACAGUGGAGGGCCUGACGAAUUUGGCAAAAGCCAGAACGUCAAGGAUGAAAAUGUUCCAAAGACAUCGGAAAUCAGAGAGGAAGGAGAGGUUAAGAAAACGAUUUCUGCGGUGGCAUGGAAUAUCAUUAUUGGUGAUACAAUCCAUAAUGUUGCUGAUGGUAUAGCCAUUGGCGUGGCGUUCUCGGAUAGUAUAGCUGGGGGAAUAAGCACUUCUAUCGCAGUGUUCUGUCAUGAGCUGCCUCAUGAAUUAGGUGACUUUGCCGUGCUGCUAACAGCAGGGAUGUCUGUGAAGAAGGCAUUGCUUGCUAACUUUAUCUCAGCUUGCUUCUGUUUCGUUGGCUUGGUCAUGGGAAUACUAAUUUCGGACGUCAGUGAAGACAUUAAUUUAUGGAUUUUUGCUGCAACUGGUGGAUUCUUUAUUUACAUCGCACUUACUAACAUGUUACCAGAGUUGAUGCACAGUGCUGAAUUCAAUGCGGUAUCAUGCUUUUCAAGAUUUCUCUUUCAAAAUUUGGGCAUUCUAACUGGCUUUGCAAUCAUGUUUCUGUUGUCCUACUUCGAGGAAGACAUAAACAUUGAAUGAAGACUUCCCCGGCAUGCAAACUGAGUUCAACUGAUUCAUAUUCAUAUUUAUCAUUUGUAUGCACAUGAUGAACUCAAUUUUACAAUGUUCCACGUUUUAACUUACCAGCAUGUAGUGUCUAGCGUUUUAUAAUGCACAAUGGUGUAUAUAUAACCCUUUUAUAAUCCACAAUGGUGUAUGUAAACUUUUUUUAUGUUAAGAUUAUACUGCAUAACCAUUACAAUAAAUUCAAAAACCGUUGCAAUAAACCGU